UUGACGUCCAACGUUCGUUUGGUGUGGAGUGUUCCCACAUUUUUUGUGUUUUUUUGUUUGUAGUUUUGUUUUUAUCACAAUGUACCAAGAUAUACCAAAUCUGACGAGAUGCUGCUUAUGUUUUCCUUUAAGAUAUGGUCUCCUGGUAUGGUCAUAUAUCAAAUUGGUCGCUACAAUAUUUGUCUUAGGAAUGAUACUUAUCUGGAUACCUAUGUUAAUUUGGUUCCUAAUGUUGGGUUCUAAAGGGGUGUUUAUUAUUGCAUUAUAUGUUCUCUAUCUUGUGAUCCUGCUGUUUGAUAUAAUAUUUAAUAUCGCUUUCAUUGUUGGUUUACAUAAGAAAAACACCACGUUGAUAAGAAUUUAUUGGCGGUACGGCAUCGCCUAUGCAUUGUCAUUCAUAAUCUUCUUCCUUCUUGUUGGUGGAUUUUUAAUCUUAGAAAAUUCUACGCCAGUGGAUACAAAUUUAUUUGAAUCCAUUGCUGUCUUCUCGUCUGGUGUUACUGCGACCCUAAUAAUACAUACAUACAUUAUGUUAUUAAUAAGAAGUGAACUUCGCAAGCUUAAAAGUAACAAUAAUUUCCAAUUCGAGAACCAUGUCACUGAGCCCGUGUGUGUCAUGAAGGAACCCAACGAAAUGGUCACAGAAAAAUAAAAUAUAUCGGUUAUCAUAUACUUUAAUCUAUAUCUUAUUCCAUACUAGAUGUCACCCGCGACUUCGUCCGCGCGGAAUUAAAAAAUAUAUAAUUAGUAGCUUAUUUGUUCUGCCAGACUUUGUUCUAUAUGUCUACGAAAUUUCAUUGAGAUUCCAUGAGCCAUUCCGGAGAUACCUUCUAACAAACAUCCAUCAAUCCUGGACGGAUAAACAUUCGCAUUCUUUAUAUCAUACCUUACGCCCGCGACUCCGUCCGCGUGGAUAUAUAAAAAACUUAAUUAGUGUAGCCCACCCAUCCAUCUAUCCACAUCACAUCCAUCUAAACAUUCGCAUUUAUAAUAUAAUAUGAGUAAGUUAAAUAAAAAGCAACAUUUCAAGACAUAAACUUGGAAAAAAAAAAUAAAAAAAGAAAGAACAAAUAGUAUCCUAUGUCCGUCUCCUGGCUCUAAGCUACCUCCUCACUAAUUUUCAGGCAUAUCGGUAAAGCCGUUCUUGAGUUAUAAAUAGUGUAACUAACACGACUUUCUUUUAUAUAUAUAGAUUAUAAUAUUAGUAAGAUUAUUAA